GUGGGGAGGGUGGAAGUGAUAGUGGAUGAAGUCAUGAGAGGUUUUGACUGGGGGGGAAUGGUCAACGACUGCGUGACGGCGGGGGUUGUCAUCUUGUGUGGUGGCGUGACCGCGGUGGAGGUGGUGGUGGAUGAAGGCGCGGGUGUGGAUGACGUGUUAGCGGAGAGGGCGGUGGAUGUGGAGGCGGAAGAUGGGGGAAGGGUGGUGGAACCCGAGGUUAGGGGGGAAGACGUGGUGGUGACGAUCUGGAUGGCGGGGGUUUGGUUUUCGAUGGCGAUCACGCAAGCGGAGAUGGUGGAGACAGACACUUUGAUGUCGGUGAUGGACGAGUGGAUGGAGACAGCGGACAUAUCAAUGUUGGAUGACUGGGCCAUGGUGGGGAAGGAGGCAGUGGUAGAGGCGGAUGAGGUGGCAGCGGCGGAUGAGGUGGCAGCCGCAGCUGAGGUGGUAGCAGCAGAUGAGGUGGAGGUGGCGACAGCAGCGGCAGCGGCGGAGGCUGCGCGUUGAGAGUUCCUGGUGCGUGUCAGGCCCGGGGGGGGAGGGUUCCUAUUUACAAGGGUAGAGCAACAUCAAUUGAUGAAGAUAAUUUCUAAAUAAGAUUUGCAAAACAAGAAUUAUUUUUGAAUAAAUUAAUUCGGAAUUA